AUGUCCAAGACCGGCAGCAGCAGCAGCAGCUUUCCAACACGAGACGACGACAGCAUCAUGGCCAUCCAAAGAACAUCAACAAGCCGCAGCGGUAGUAGCUCUGUCUCCUCCAAAUCAAAAACAACAACCACCGCCAAACACUCCAAGGCUAGAGGAGGAGGCGGGAAACCCAGCGGCAAGUUCUUGGGCGGAAUUUUUCGCAAAGUAGCCGACUGGGCCUCAACCAGCGAGCCCUCCAUGCAAGCGCUCAGCCAAUACAAGCAGGAAGCCUUCCAGCGGGCAGGUGUAUCACCCAACGACUCCGAGGCUCACACGAAACUGCAUGCGCCCAUGGGCAAGAUCCCCGAGGACGCGAUAAGGCCGACCACGGGGCCGACGCCGGAGGAGGUACUGAUGCGGAAGAAGACGGAAAGGAAGAAGAGGCAAAUAGAGGAGGAACUACGGAGGGGGAGUAUAGGUAGUAGUGGAAGAGGAGGGUCAUCACCUGUCAGGUUGGGCUCAGUGUCGUCGUCUACUAUGUCUGGGGGUCUGGGGUUUGGAACCGGGACCGGGACUGCUUCGUCGACGGUUGGGUCGGGGUCGAGUAGGAAGGGAUCGGUUUUAGGAGGGAGUAGUGCUGUUCCGUGGGACACGAGUGGAUGGUGA